UGGACUACCUCUCAAGCAAUUCUACAUUUCCCGGAAAUUUUCCAGUGUGAGAAAUCUGUACCAUUUACAUUUUCGAUUAUCACGGGCGCCCUGUGGUUACAUCAGCGGUUUUACCCAUUAGACACCGGUAACUACUUUAAGUACGCAUACUGAAGUGUAUCAUAAGAUAUUGAUUUCAAAUAUGGCGGUACGUAUUUUCCGUACAAACUGUUUAUUUCACGUGCAAAACCAACGUCAUUUUCUACACAGUCAUACCAGGCAGUUUGCUAGCUUGAUUGCUUGCAAUCGUAGAGGCAUUAGGCCUUCAUGCCUUGUGGGAGCUCGUGUACAAAUGGCUUCGUUCACGAGUAAUGGCGGCAAAAGCGGAGUUAUGGACCUGUCUGGUAUUUACCCGCCGAUUGUAACACCUUUUGGUAAAGAUGAAAACAUCAGUGUGGAAAAACUAGAAGAGAACUUUGCCAAGUGGAAUAAGCAUUCUUUUAGAGGUUAUGUUGUGCAGGGUUCAAAUGGAGAGUAUGCCUUCAUGAGACCUGAUGAGAAGAUUAUGCUAUUGUCAAAGGUUCGGCAAUUGGCUCCAAAAGAUAAACUGAUUAUUGCUGGAUCUGGAUGUGAAGCCACUAGAGACACUAUCGAGAUGACUAGCAGGAUGGCAUCUGCAGGGGCUGACGCAGCCCUGGUCGUCACACCAUGUUUUUACAAAGGAAGCAUGAACGCUGCAGCCCUGGAAAACCAUUUUACACAGGUUGCUGAUAGCUCCCCUAUUCCUAUCAUACUGUACAGUGUUCCUGCCAACACCGGUAUAGAUCUCCCCGUUGAGUGUGUCAUUAACCUUUCUUCCCACCCUAACAUUAUUGGCGUCAAGGACAGUGGUGGAGACAUAUCAAAGAUAGGUUAUAUGGUUCACAAAACCUCUGGAAACAACUUCCAAGUCCUUGCCGGAUCUGCCAGUUUUUUGCUUGCAUCAUAUGUGCUAGGAGCUGUUGGGGGGGUGUGUGCAUUAGCCAACGUUCUUGGCAGUGAGGUGUGUCAGUUGCACCAGCUUUACCAGGAAGGCAAGCUGGACGAAGCAAGGUUGCUGCAGCACAAGCUUAUUCUACCAAACACUGCUGUGACCAAGACCUAUGGGGUUGCCGGUUUGAAGGCCUCCAUGGACAUGAUGGGCCUCUAUGGUGGGCCCACCCGUUCGCCUCUUAUGCGCUCCACCCAGAAGCAGAUGCUCGACAUAGCAGGGAUAUUCAAGGAGUUUGAAGGGUUUGGAGGAUAAACCAUGAAGACGAGAGACAAAAAGGAAAAUAAGAGGAAGUUUUCCUAACUUGGAAUUUGAGGGUUGUAUUAAAGGUGUGUGCCACUAAGGAAUUUAAGCAACUACGACGGCGACGACAAGAAGUGUGACCCCGCGAAAAAACUUUCAUGCUCAAUUAACCAUCUCAGCUGUAAGCAUGCGCGCGCACUCACCAUGGAAACCUACCUCAACUCUACCAGCAUGCAGCGCGCGUUUCGUUUAAUGUAACCUGUUUGCUGGUUCAUUUGCGAUAACAGUAAUUAGUACAGAAUACCUCUGGUCUUCAAGCAUCAGAAAUCAUAGGGUAAUUACUAGCACAGCACAUGUUGGCUUAUAGGGAAAUAAUGUAAAAAAAAAGCGCGCGCUGCAUUCUGGUAGUUGAGGUAGGUUUCUAUGGUUAUGCGAGCGCAAACUUAUAGUUGGAAUUGCCUAUCCUAAACUAGUUUAAAAAAAUUUCACUCGUUUUUGUAGUACAGUGGAACCUGGGUUUUACGAUGUGUCUCGGGAUAAAGAAAAUGUUGGGUAAAAUCGAGGUAUCGUUGCUAAGAGGUCUUUGAUUUUACGAUAUAAAGCGAGAUCGGGUUAGUUAUCAACUUUCACAAAAUAAUUAUAUUGUAACUGUACUCUGUGAAAGACUGUCGCUUACUCUCUGUAUGGUUGUAAUUUGUAUUUAACAAGAUCUGUCAAGUCAAGAAAUCGAUUAACUUUAAUGGUCUUGUGUGGUGGUGUCUUGAGUUUUUCUCUCUUUGUUUAUAAACAGAAUCAGUAAUAUCGUUGUAUCGAGUUCAAAAUCGAGAAUAUCGUUGUAUCCAAUAUCCUUAGAUCGAGGUAAUUUCUUAUACAUUUCACUGUAUUUCCGCCGGGAGAAAGGGACGCCAUCGUAAAGUCGAAGUUAUCGUAAAAUCCAGUAUCGCAAAAUCCAGGUUCCACUGUACCAAAAAAGUAUAGACAAGCCUAGAACCUCAUUUCAAACAUAAAGGAAAACGGCUGAAAUAUAUCAGACAAGUUACAUUUCAUGUCUGGUUCUUUGAAUUUUGAAUUUUCUAUUUUCUUCCGCCGUCGUUCGCGUUGCUGUUGCCUUUUCUCCCCACUCGGUGUUUUGAGGGGGGAGGGGGGCAUCUUAAUGGCAAUUCGCAACUCGUCUCAAGCAUGGAGACACUUAUCGAAAUCAGGAAAAAGCAUACAUUGACUCCGCCAUGAUUGAAAAAAAAAAAAAGACUGAAGUUUCCUUGCCAAGGUAAACCUUACCUCUGUGCAAAUGGUUUCCAAUAAAAUUGGGAUAAAGAAGGCGAUUGCCUUCAUUUAAUUAAAACUUUAAAUAUAAUAUUUGUAGUUUUUCAAAGAAAUCAGAUAAAAUUAGGUUGGUAGUUAGGUUAUUCUGGAGAGCAUAUUCUUAUCUAAUUAACCAACUUUUUGAUUAGCGUUUUAUUUUGUGUUUGUAAAGGUUUUCGUCAUACAGCACUUAUACGGAACCACGGUCUUGUUAUGACCCAGCAUUCUUUGGGAUCCCAUUUCCCCGCAUAGAGGUUUUCGCGUGUAAUGCGAGCAUGUAAUACACAUACAUCCCGAUGAAAGCCCUAGAUCAAGGGCCAGGUGCCAGAUAGGAUGAUUAGCCAAAAUCUAAUCGCAACAUGAGACCCACAACUCGUUAAAUAUGUGGCGAGUGAACGGCAGAUGGUGUCUGUCUAUGUAAUGUGUGAUUCCAGAAAAAAAACCUUUCCAGUCUUAGGGAAAGAAUUUUUCAUGCAAGGGGAAGAGGGAGAGAGGUAUGAAAUCACACGAUUUUGAUUUCAAAGCAGAAAGAAAACGGGGGAAAUAUUUUUCACGUGAUUAUAUUUGACAAACUGAUUUUGACGGGAGAUUCUAGUUUUCGCUGGUUGGGAGUUUUUGGCGAUAAUUUCAUUUAGAAUUUACGAGGCGUCGAGUGAAAAGUACCGACUACUUCAGUUGAAGUGGUAACUAAGGAUCUAUUGCUUUUGAAAACUGAUAAUAUUGAGCCGCCACUCACGACGACUAAAUUGAAUUGAAGAGUCGCAAAGUCGGAAUGUGCAAUAGAGUUCACAUAAAGGUAAAAGCAAGUACUUAUAGAAAUCUUUUGAAGCAAUACUUUCAUCUUAAUGAAAAUCCUUUUUUUUUAAAUCUUAAAUAAGCUUACGAAAGGCUGGCCAAGUUACAACACGAAUUGUUUUAAAAAUACAUUAGUUUUGUUUUAAAAUGCAUUUUGUCUGUCUAGGAAGCGCUCGUUUUUUUUCCUCGUCAUAAUUAGCAGUUGCCUGCAAUGAAAACAGAACUUUCGAGGGAUCAACAAAUCUGUGAAUACUUAGAAACCGAGCCGGAAUAAAGAUAAAGUUCCCCCACUUUCUUUCGUCAUCCACGAUAAAUAGUCUUCUCGUAGCAAUAAAGUAUUUGUUCUUUCAAUAAAAUCCCUGUUAUACAUA